CAGUCCUGUACCAUUAUGCAGUCUUCUUAAAGGCUCAGUUUUUCAGUUUGGCAGCUUAUAAAAACUUCAUUCUGGGUUCUUUACCCUGUUGGUUGUGCACCCAACUACACAGCAGCUUUUAGGUAUUUUUCUGUUGUUUGCUAGCAGACAGAAGUGACAAGGAGGCACCUUCACUCAGUACAAAGUCAAUGGAGAGUGAUGAAUUGUUUUCCCCUCCGAGGUAGACGGGACUUAAUUGCACUCUAUGAUGAAAUCUCGGGAACGUUCACCUCCUCAUGAGCCGGUGACGUUCAUCAGGCUGAAACGAGUGAUUUAUGAAAGUCAGUGAGAAGGUCGGAGGGGCGGAAGGAACCAAGCUAGACGAUGACUUUAAAGAAAUGGAAAAGAAGGUGGACAUCACCAGCAGAGCAGUGUUGGACAUCAUGACCAAAACUACAGAAUACCUACAGCCUAAUCCAGCAUCCAGAGCCAAACUCAGUAUGAUCAACACCAUGUCAAAGAUCCGUGGGCAGGAGAAGGGACCUGGUUACCCACAGGCUGAGUCUGUCCUGGGAGACGCCAUGUUGAAGUUUGGACGGGAGUUGGGGGAGGAGUCCUGCUUCGGCCUGGCGCUGAUUGAUGCUGGCGAGGCGAUGAAGGAGCUCGGGGAGGUGAAGGAUGCUCUGGACAUGGAGGUCAAACAGAACUUCAUCGACCCGCUGCAGAACCUCCACGACAAAGACCUCAAAGAGAUACAGCACCAUUUGAAGAAGAUGGAGGGCCGGCGUCUGGACUUUGACUACAAGAAGAAGCGUCAGGGGAAAGUCCAGGACGAUGAAAUCAAACAGGCGCUGGAGAAGUUCGACGAGGGCAAAGAGAUCGCAGAGCAGAGCAUGUUUAACCUGCUGGAGAGUGAUAUAGAGCAGGUGAGCCAGCUGGCAGCGUUGGUCCAAGCUCAGUUGGAAUACCACAGCCGCACCGCUGAAAUCCUCCAACAGCUCUCCAGCAAGAUGGAGGAAAGGAUAAAAGAAGUGUCUAGUAAACCGAGGAAGGAGUUCACUCCCAAACCCCGAAUGACCCUGGAGCUGCGGCCUCCCAGUGAGAGCCACAACGGGGGGAUACACUCUGCCAAAUCUCCCGGAAGGUCACCAGCCCCCAUGGACCAGCCCUGUUGCCGAGCACUCUAUGACUUCGAGCCAGAGAAUGAAGGGGAGCUGGGUUUCAAAGAGGGCGAUAUCAUCACCCUGACCAAUCAGAUCGAUGACAACUGGUAUGAGGGCAUGAUCAACGGCCAGUCAGGCUUCUUCCCCAUCAACUAUGUGGAUAUCCUGGUGCCGCUCCCUCAUUAGGUCCCGCCAAUGACCUGACCCUUCCCCCCGGCCAAUCCAAACGCCCUGAAAACAGUCCCGCAUUUGCAUAAACAACAAACAACACCCUCCUCCUUCUUCUUCUUCUUCUGUGCUUCUGUGCGAUUCUGCUUUCACAAAAUGGACUGCAACGGCGAGGAGAUGCUGUGUUUGAGAUGAGGCAGUAGGACUGUGAUUAGAAGAGAAGAAGUGAGGGAGAGGGGGAUUUGAGCGUGAGAGGGAUUGAAAGAGAUGAGGAAGACAACGAGAUGAUGAUCUUCUACAGCACAGUGCUUCGCUCAGCCGGGCAGUACUGGAUACCAAUGAGGCUUUGGAGACUUACAAAUAAGGCACGAUGUAUAUGUACGUGCAUGUAUGUGUCUGUAUGUGCGUUUCGACCUGUUCUUACUCUAUUACGAUCAAGCCAGCACAAAUUCCUGCUUGUCGGUUAAACUGCUGUUACUGACAGCUUUUUUGUGAUCCUGUCUUCUUCCUCUCUUCUGUCUUUCUUGCUGUCUUUCACAGAGUAAUUCUGUCUUUUUCUACCUUGACUUGCCUUUUUGUGCUUUACUUCAACCCUAGAUUCCUCAGCAACUGUCACAGUGUUCCCAACUUUCUUACUCCCCUCCCCCUUGGGUAGUACCGCCUUUCAGCAUGGCUCCAUACUGUAUACAGAACUCAUGAUCCAGAGUUACAGUUGGUCAUCAAACCUUUCUGGUUUUGUCGGAGUAUAUCUCUUUCUAGCACUCCUUGUGACAAACUCUGCCUUUCUCAGAGUCUGCAUAGAAUCUCAGACAAAUGGCUGCAUGCAUGAACCAGCCAAAGCAAACAUUUGAGUGACAAGACGCCAGUGGAAUUCAGGUUUCAAGAGUGCAUCAUUGUAAUAAAGCCGUACGUGCAAUAAGUAGGUUUUUCCAGGAUGAAGAAGAGGAUACUUAUUCACUUAUUUUGAAACCCAUGUAUCUUAUAAUGAGAGUUUUAGCGGGUUUGAUGGUCAGGAAACUCAUCAAUAAACAUGUUCAAGCAAUAGAAAGGAAAACAUGAGGUUACAUGAUUUACCCAACAGCAGUGAUAUGCUAACACAACCAGCACAGGCCAGUUGCAUUGAACAAGUUGGUGAACAGUAUGCAUAGAGGGAAAAAAAGCUUGUUUUUACUAGUCUAAGUUACCCAUUCACUGUGUUUUGUGUGGAGUAGUUGCUUGUUGAUUCGUCUUAUUUGUGGCUUUUGCAUGCAAGACUGUGUGAACAGUGGUAGCUGUUCUAAAAAUUCCCAUAUUAUAUACGCUAUAUACAACUUGGUUGCAGUACAAUGCCUUGCAAAAGGGCACACCAGUCAUUGACAAACAUGUUGUCACCACUGGGAAAACCCAUAUAUGUGACGAUCUUCCCUACCGAUCUC